GCCAGUAACGGCCGUCCGCUAGCUGAUGAGGUAAUUGCGGUUUGGAGAGGAGGCGGAGGUUGAGGUUUCCGGAAAGAGCCGAACAAACCCGAGCCGCCGACGGGAGCUCGGGGAAAGUUCCGACCUGCAUUGGCCGGAGGUUCGUGGGGCGAAAUCAUCCCAGGGAGAGUGUUUCAGCGAGAGAACUGAAUUGAUGCAGUGGCUGGCCUAUAGGAUAUAUCUUGUGCCUUGUUCCAAAUGGCUGCACCUGAGAUCAGCGAUCCAAACUGCUAUCCUCUAACCGGAGUAGGAUGGGCCUCAAACCAGAGCACAUGUCCAAAGGAAUAUCAGCUGAUCAAUGCAACUGCAGACGGAUCCUCCGCAAACUUUGCAAAAGGCUUUGGCCAGAAAUCCAGCUGUUAUCUGUGUGUCAGCUCCCUGCUGAAUAAAGAGAAUCCUCAAGGGGACAUUGUGUCAGAUAUCCAGUUGCUUCCUGAUAAGAACCCUCUACCGUCAGGAUAUGCUUUCAUUUCUGAAUUCCUGGAUCCAAAGGUCAAUGUGUCUAAAAAGAAACGACUGUGUAUUAAGAGGGUUCCAUUCAGUGAAGCUGACACUGCUGUUUUUGAUGUCACACUGACCGGAAAAAGCAAGCAGAUUGUGCCUUCGUACACAUGCAUAGGAGAGCUGAGUGGUUUUGUCAUCUGGUGUAAAAAAGGGAAAGUGGCCAAGCCAAAACUGCUGCCCAAGCCGAGAAACAUUAGUGUUGAUAUGAGAGCCCUGUCACUGGAGAAUGAGAGUUCAAGGAAAGUGGAAGAACUUGAUGUACCCCUAGUUCGACUCAGCAAGAGGCGCUCAAACCUGGAGGCCAAAGAUGCUGUGUACAGCGCAGAAAAUAUCUAUGGCAUCUCUGCGAUGGAUGGUGUCCCAUUUGUGCUGCAUCCCAGAUUCGAAAGCACUGUGAAUGUACCCAGUGCCAACAUUACAAAUUUUCAAAUUAAAAGCCAUGCAGAGAUAGAGAAUCAGUACAACUACAGCUUCAUGACGGAGAAGACUGCAGCUGCUAGACUCCCUCCAACAGCCUCCUAGAGCUUGGACCAGUGAAAGUCUGACAGAACCUCAGGAUGAAGCCUCCUUUCCCCCCCCCCACCUCCCUCCCCCGUCGGGCUUUCAGCAGAAUCUUACUUCUGACUCCUUGAAGCUAAAAGCUGAGGUUGUGCAUGGGUGUCACUGAGAUGUAACAAAACCCUUUUCAUAGAAGCAGCCUGGGCUUGUUCUGAGAUUGUCCCUGUACAGUUGCCUUCUUAACUUUUUAUUUGUACAUUUUUGCUGAAAUUUGGUUUGUUAUGGCAGGUACUGUAAUCAAGUGGAAUCCCUUGCGUCAUGGAAAGAGAUGUAUUCAUUUAAAAAAUAUAUAAACGUUAACAGUGUAUAGUAGCAUAAUGUGGAAGCAAGUUUAAAGGUUACAUUGAGGUAGUUUAGAUCAUGAAUGAUGGGGCCUGUGAGAGAUUGCAAAGUGAGUGUGGGGGAAGUUUGGGCAUUAUUGAGAAGGUUUAAUACCCAGAACCUUGCCGUCAUUGCCAGCUGGCUGGUGUAAUAAGGCAGGAUGUGAAGCAGGUUUAUGUAGUUGAAUGAGCAUGAGGAACAUUCUGUACUACCUGACUGACUGACAGUGUCCAUUCAACCCUCCUAAUUUGUGCACAAAUGGAAGUGCAGUGAAUUAAUUCAACACAGAGCGCAGCAUGGGGUGAACUCCAGCAGACUCUGCUCGCCUAAUGCCACCCAACUUGAUAGUGAGACCCCCAUCAGCCCAGGGACCUUCCUUCACUGUGUGUGUGUGUGGCGGGGGAUGCUUUUUGUUCUCAAUUGUUCAGGUUUGUCAACCCCCUUGGCUCAGGUUUGCUGUUGUAGCCAAUCAGGAGACAGAAUAGUGUAGACUACAUUACGAAGUAUGUUCAUAUGAUUACAGCUUCUUAAAGGGUGAAUGUUUCAUCUUAGGUGACAGGUGAGCUGAAGUCAAUCUGAAUCUUUUGAAUAUAUAUCUACACUCAGAAUCAGUACCGCCCACUUUCUUUCUUUGUCUGAUUUUUAAAAGUUAUUCUGUGGUUUCCACAAACCGGUUUUUAACAAUUGAUAAAGUUAUUGAGAAUA